UCUCAUUCCUGCAGCAUGAAAAGAAAUGUCUUCAUGAUGAAAUCUCAAAAUGCAGGAUGAUUGAGAGAUAAAGGAAGAGAAAUGUGAGGAGUCAGAAAAGGUGAAGACUAAAAGAAGAACAGAGUAUCAGCAUGUCAACCACCUCCACCACGGUGGAUGUUGCCCUCAAUCCACACAGGAGAUGGAGCAUAGAACAACCUCCUUAUAUGAGGAUUGUUCUCCUGGGUUCGAGCGUGUCAGAAAACAGUCUUGUGGGAAACUUCAUAUUAGGGCGAGCAGCGUUUGACAAUGAAGCUCUUCCAGAUGUUGUAGAGAGAAUUGGAGGAAGACUGAAAAACAGACACAUAACUGUCAUCAACAGUCCUCAGCUGCUCCAGACAAACAUCUCAAACGAUCAAAUCACACAGAGAGCGAGAGAGUGUGUGAAUCUGUCUGAUCCGGGACCUCAUGUGAUUGUUUUGCUCCUCAAACAUGAGCAGUAUUCAGCAGAAGAUCAGGAGUGUGUGGAGAAGGUACUGCACUCUUUCUCUGAGCGGGUUUAUCAACACACCAUGGUGCUCAGCACUCAAGAUCCCGCCGAAACCAACAUCAUCAUACAAAAAACCAUUCAGAAAUGCUUCAACAGACACUUCAGUCUUCAGAAAAACAAUUCUGUUGAUGAUCUACUGCAGAUGUUUGAUGAUAUUGUGCAAAUUAAUUAUGGACGGCACCUGGAUUCUCCUGAAGCUUUACAGUAUUUCACAGUGGAGCAACAGGCCAGAGAAAGAUUUUCAGACAGUUUGAAGCUGAAUCUGCUUGUGUGUGGGAGCAAUGCAACAUUGAAAUCCUCCAUAUCAGACCAAAUCAUGCAGCAGUCCGACAGAAGAUCAGACGUGGAGCUCUAUGGACAUCUGAUUAGUCUGGUGGAGCUUCCAGUUCUGAUUCGGGUCUCAGAGGAGGAAGUGAUGCGUCACACUCUCCGAUGUGUGACUCUCUGUCAUCCUGGAGUUCAUGUUUUUCUCCUCAUUAUUUCUGAUGCUCCAUUGACCGAUGAAGACAAAGCAGAAAUGGAGGAGAUCCAGAGGAUCUUCAGAUCAAGAAUCAACAAACACACCAUUAUCCUCAUAAUACAGAGUUCAGAGCAUCAGACAGCAGAACUCAAUGAAGAAACACGGUCUGUCAUUCAGAGUUUUGGAGGACGAUAUUACUUUUUUGGUCCCAAAACCCAAGUGUCCACAUUGAUGGAAAGCAUUGAGCAGAUGCUGGAAGAAAACAGAGGAGAGUUGUUCACCACAGAGAUGUUUCUGGAGGCCCAGAUGAAAAAAAUUAUGAAAUUUGAAGAGAUGAAGAGGAAAAUUGAUUCACUAGAGGCACAUUUACUCUCACAAGGAAGUGAGCGCAGAGGGAGUGAAACAGAGUCAGGUGAGGGCUCCCUCUGCUGUGCACCAAGAAAGGACCAGAUGUUGGCUGCAGCAUCGGGGAAUGGGCUAUUGUCAGCCGAGGAGGAUGACGAGGAGAAUCCGCAGCCUUUGGGAGCUGCGUCUUCAGCCAAGUCAGAUCCAGAGCCGCUAGCCUGGGCUGUUGUGAGUAUCGUGCUGGAGGUGUCCACAGCUCCCAAAUAUGAGCCCUCACAGCUUGAUGAUUGGUCUGGGGUGCUGCCUGUGAUAAGGUCAGCAGAAAGGGAAUGCUGUCUCCAAGCAGAGGUUGGCCCACUGGAUAGUGAUGCCAUCACCUUGGCUUCCCAGGCCCAAGGUGAACCAUGCCCCCUAGGGGUGAGAGUUCACUCCACCCAAAGUGUUGCCACCUCCUAUAAGUUGACACAUAAUACCUCUCUGGCAGACGCUUCCUGUGUGUUGGGUAACAGUAAAGUUCUUUGGGUGGUGAACCCUUGUGGGGCUUCCUCCGACGCCCUUUGGCAGUUCAUUAGAGGUGAAGAUGAAUUGAGAAUUGUUCUGUUGGGAAAAACCGGAGUUGGGAAGAGUGCAACUGGAAACACAAUCUUGGGAAGAGACGUAUUUAAAUCAGAGCAGUCUUUUGAAUCAGUGACCGGUGAAAGUCAGAGAGAAACAUCCGAAAUCAACAGUCGACAUGUAACUGUCAUUGACACUCCAGGACUGUUUGAUACUAAACUUUCUGCUGAGGAGAUUCAGAGAGAAAUCAGCAACUGCAUCUCCAUGAUCCUGCCUGGACCACAUGUGUUUCUCUUACUGAUUCCACUGGGACGAUUCACUACUCACGAGGAAACAUCAGUGAAGAUCAUCCAAGAAACAUUUGGAGAGAAAUCAUUAAUGUACACUAUGGUGCUCUUCACCAGAGGAGAUGAUCUGAAGAACAAAUCUAUUGAACAGUGUUUGGGAAAACCUGGAUCUCCUUUGAUGAAGCUGAUUAAAGCUUGUGGAAACAGAUAUCAUGUGUUUAAUAAUAACCAGACUGCAGAUCGAACACAGGUGUCUGAUCUACUGGAGAAGAUAGACAACAUGGUGAAAGAAAAUGGAGGGAGUUACUACUCAUGUAAGAUGUUCAGAAAAAUGGAAAGAGAAAAACAAGAGCAACAGAUGAAGAGCAUUAUGGAGAGAGUCAGAGAAAGAGAAGAACUGUUGGAUAAACUAGAAGCUGAGAAAGAGAGAAUGAAGAAGAUGAUGGAGGAAGAACUAAAGAAUCAGGAAGAAGAGAGAAAGAGAAGAGAAGAAGAGCUCAAAAAGAAAUAAGAGAACAAGAGAAACAUCAGAAAGAGACACGAGAAGAGAUGAGGCUAGAACGAGAGACAUUUAGACAUGAAAUACAGGAAAUGAGACAAGAAAAGAUCAAAUAAAAACAGAAAACCAAAAUCUUAAAACUGAAUAUGAUACAGAAAUAGAUAGACUGAAGAACAUAAUAGAGAAUGAGAGGAAGAAAAAAGAAGAGGAAUAUAAUGAAAGAGAAUUACGAUAUAAAACACAGAUAAAAGAGAAAGAAAGAGAGAUGAAAGAGGAGAUUAAGAGAGAAAGAGAGGAAUGGGAGAAACAGAAACUAGAGGAAACAAUGAGAACA